AUGUCCAUGUUACACGCUAUUCACGAGGUGCAUCCAAUAUCCCCAUCUCGUGCACCCAAAAUUGAAGUCAAGCCCAAUGCCCCCGAAACAGAGACACAGCAUGUCCCAGACUCAACGCCCAGGGCGGGUCAGCCGGUCUUUGAAAGAUCCCUGCCUAGUCGAACUACCCAAUCGCGCCGGGUGGCCAUCACUACAUUGCUGGUGCUAGCCAAUGUCGUACAGAUGACCGUUAAUUUCGCUGGCGUUGCUGGGGGCAGCGCCUUGAAUGAAUCAUUAGGUGCUAAAGAUACGUAUGCUUCGUGGAUGGCUGCGAGCUAUGCACUAACUCAAGGAACAUUCGUGCUAGUCAGCGGUCGAUUGGGAGAUGUCUACGGCCAUCGAGAACUCCUCCUCGCCGGCGGCGCCUGGCUGACGAUUUGUACACUCGCCAGUGCCUUCUGCACCAACUUCUUCGCCUUUGUCACCAUGCGGGCUCUCGCCGGUUUGGGAGGUGCCUUCAUCAUGCCUAAUGCAGUAGCCAUGAUCUCCAGUACCAAUCCUCCCGGUCGCGUGCGAAAUGUCAGUUUGGGUUUCUUUGGCGCAUCGGCACCGGUGGGAGGCUACUUUGGGGCCUUGUUCUUGGGAGCUUUCUUGGAGCGGACUGAAUGGAAGUGGUUCUUCAUUUUCAUUGCUUGUCUGGGUGUCGUCACUUUUGCUCCUAUCUGGGCACUGAGUUCGCGUGAACCACCUGUUGACCGGCAUGGUAAAAUUGACUGUAUUGGAUCAGCCUUGGGCACAGGCUCACUGAUUCUGUUCAACUUUGUUUGGAAUCAAGCACCUAGUGUCGGUUGGGCCACUCAUUAUGAGAUCAUUCUCCUGAUUAGUUCGGUGGUCAUGUUCGUCGGUUUCUUGCAUUGGGAAAGAAACUAUGCUGCCCAACCAAUCAUGCCUCUGGAUAUCUUUAAGGCUCCGUCCUUCCUCAUGCUGCUCCUCGUUGUGCUGUUGAACUACAUGGCCGUGGGAACCCUGAUCUGGUACCAGGUCCUAUGGCUGCAAAAGGUGUGGCAUUGGUCUCCCCUCCACUUCGCCGUAGGUUGGACACCGUUUGUGGUCUGUGCGACGGGGGCUGCUUGUCUCGCAGCGUGGAUGAUCCCACGAAUGGCAGCACAAUGGAUUCUCGCCAUCGGCACCAUCACCAUCUUAGUCUCGAAUGCCCUCAUGGCGACGGUGCCACUUCACCAAACUUACUGGGCACAAAUUUUCCCUUCGGUCGUGCUUUUCUCCUUCUGUCCCGACUUUGUGUACACAGCGGCGCAGAUCAUUGCCAGUAACUCGGUCCGACGUAAUCAACAAGGGAUUGCGGGGUCCGUCAUCGGCACACUCAAUCUAUACGGGAACAGUCUCGGUCUGGGGUUCGCUUCCACCAUUGAGGUAGAGAUAGCGCGCCGAUCGGGCAGUCAAAUCAUGGGCUAUCGCGCGGCACUUUUCUUCGGCGUUGCCAUCAGUGCCGUGGCGCUGAUCCUUGAUGUGUGCUUCGUCCGACUUGUCAAGGAUGACCGAGAGGGCUGGCACGAAGAUGAAUUGGCAGAGGGUAUUGAGCUAACCGACCAAGCUGAAGCCACCGGAGUGUAUCUACCGAAUGCAAGUGCGAGCCAUUGA